AUGUGCCUCUUUGCCUACUCUCCUGCUUGGGUCCGGCAGGAAGAGAAUAUGUAUCUGACCACGCCUCCUGAAGUGGCUGUGAAGCUGCCUCCGGUCGUGCAGGAGCUCAUCGGAUAUUCUCUCCAUGGGCAGGUGCUUGGAAUGGUUGACGUGAACGGCGACAUGGGUGACCCCCAGGAGAAGUUCCACAGCACCAACGCUACGCUUCCGGUCCUGAGCCGCCGCGAGAUGCAGUGCUCCGACACGCGCAAGGCCUUUGCCGCUUCUUUGCGGUCGGCCUGCGAGCACAGCGGCUUCCUGUACCUGGUGGACCAUGGCCUGGACAAAGAGUUGGAGACGGCUCAGCGUGCCCUGCGCAGAUUCUUUGAGCAGCCGCACGAGGUCAAGGCCAAGCUCGGCACGGCAGCGAGCCGUGUUUUCCCGCAGCAUUCACGCGGCUACGUGGCCAACGAGACCUUAGACCCUUCACGCCAGGGCCAGCUAGACUUGAAGGAGAGUUUGGAGGUUGGUUUGGAGCGACCUGAGGAAUCCGAUCCCAGGGCGCGGCCGUUCCGCGGCCCGAACAACUGGCCUUCCGAAGUCCCGGAAUUGGAGCAGGACUUCAUGGCCGCCGUGCAUGCCCUGCAUGAGCUCUCCAUGGAGCUCUUAGGGGCCCUGGAGGAGUGCCUGGAGGUGGAGCCAGGAAGUCUUGCCAAGUUGUGCGAUGAUCCGAUGGUGUUGUGCCGUGGCCUUCACUACUAUACGCCGCUGGGGGCAGAGGCGCGCAGGACAUGGGGAUAA